UAGAAAUUAAAUUUUAUGUUUAUACACACACAUACACACAUAUAUAUGUAUAUACGUAUAUACAUAGGCUACAGAGUAGACUGUAUAAAAUCUUAUUGUGUGCCAUUGACUUUGCCUCUACCUGGUUGAUCAAUUCGCCAAUAUAUUCCACCACAAACUCGUCUUUAACGAAAAUGAUGGUGCUCGGCCGACGCUUGCUUGCUCGUAGGCUCUGAUUGUUCCCGUUGCUGCAAUCUCUAAUCUCGUUGCUGUUCUUUAUCGAGAUCUUUGUCGUAAUCCGCGUACACUUCGCCGUCGUCUAUUACCAUCUGUAAUUAUACGUCUAGAAUUCGUCGCUGCUACCGUGUACAUGUAACCGUUCUGUUUACGUACGUAGGUCAGAGCCUACGAGCAAGCGAGCGUCGGCCGAGCAUCUAUCAUCAUUCUCGUUAAAGGAGAAUUUGUGGUGGAAUCUAUUAGCGAAUUGAUCAAUCAGGCAGAGGCAAAGCUAACGGCAUACAAUAAGAUUCUUUGCUGCUCUCGUAACUUAUAAUUUCUGAAAAUUUAUAGGAUUCUUACCUGACUGUGUAAAACAUGCCGAUAACCAACAAAAACCUAACCACUACUACGGCCAUAUUGCUUUUUAGUUCACUUGGGCAUGCAGAUGGUGUUGGCGGAGCGAGUACAAAUAAGGAUAGCAUAUGGAUAUACAAAGUGGUCCAUUUUAGGAUAUUCCUUCAAUGUCCACAAAUGUCCCAGAAAAAUUGUUUGGAAGAUGCAACGAACAAAGAGGUCUUUUCUGUUAAAUUAGCACAAUGGAUGGCACUAAAAUAUCUACCGUUUAAUUGUUUUGACAAUUUGGAAACACAAGAGUAUUUUCAAUUUAUUAAUCCAAUGUGAUGACCGUGAAACCUCCAGGAGGUGAUGGACGGGUCUUAUCGCCAACACUAUCCACGAGCAAACGGGUGGACGAACUGGGUGCGGCCGUGAGUGCAGUUGACAGCGGAGCAGAGCGGGCUGAGACAUGCAAGACAACUGUCAGGCGGACGAUGACCGGGGAGAUGUGCUUGUCAACGAUGAAUGGUCCCGCUUAUCGGGGUGCUAAUUUACCCGUGAAGUGUUCCUGGGCGUUCGACAGCGGAUGUUUCCAGCGAUAGACGUGUUGUCCUAUGUCCGGCCUCCAAUCGCGCUUCCGCAGAUUAUAAUACCGCGCUUCUUUCGGUCUGCUUCUUCUUGUCGGCGGGUGGCGAUUUUGAACUGUUCGCGCAUUUUUUGAAUUUGCCGAACUCGCGCGGCGGGCCGGUCGGUCGGUGCGUUACCCAGGGUCUGUUCGUUUCUCGCUUGUAGCGUGCCGGGAGCGGUAAGUUCUCGUCCAUACGUCAACAUUGCCGGCAUGUAUCCAGUGCUCUCAUGGAUAGCGGUAUUAGGGUGCCGUCACAUGCGGCGUAACUUGCGUAAGAUGCGUACGCGUAACUUGCGCCAAAUUCUCGUCAGUCAAUCAAAUUAUUCCCGCUACAAUACUUAAAUCCGCUUAGUUAUUUAUGCAUUUUACUAUUACCAAUAUGCCAACUUGCGCAUCAAAUUUAAUUUUUUGUGUAAUGCGUGUUUGUAGACGGUAACAAACGGUGUUUUUUAGUGAGACAAUUAAAAAAAAUGGAUCAAGUUCGGGUAAGAUAACAAAUCUUUCAAUACUCAUUUUUAUAAUCUUUAAAAUUUUUCAAAAUAAUUUAUUUAAUAGAUAAUUAAAUGUUUACAUUUGUAUAGCAUGAUAAAAUAAUUCAUGGUUAUGUUUAAUAAUUGUGAUAUUAUUUUGUCAUUUAAUAUUUGGACUAAUUUUAGCAAUUGCUAUGGCUUAUGUAUAUUUUUACUUACAUAUUUUUUUUUUACAGCACAAGUGUGGAUACUGAUGACUUUUCUGUUUUAACACAAAUUUUAUUGAUCAUGAAUGCUUCAAACACUAUAUUGAAGAUGUAGAUCACGUCAACGUUGAUGAAAACUAUGUUGUGACAAUAUGUAUGAUUGCUAUAUGGCUCUAAAUAAUAUUAUUUUGUUUUACUACAUAAAUUAAAUAAUAUUUUUUAACAGUGAAAAAGGACUCAACGUUUGUCAACAAAAAAGAAAAUUUAGAUGAGUUACUGAAGCUGUUAAAAGCAAACGUGGGCUUUAUGACUGUCGUGUACCCGCUUCAAAGAGAACAAGUGUUGCGGAAAAAUGCAUUAUGGGUUGAAGUUUCAAAUUUAUUACAAAAUAUAUCAAAUUAUUUAGAAAACUUUUUUAUUUUAUUGUAUAUAAAUAAUCUUAAAAGCUUAAAAUUAAAAUUUUUUAUUAAAGGAUUUCUUAGCCCAGAGAAAGCUAAAGCUCGAUGAAAAUAUUUGCGAGACAAUUACAUAAAAGCCCGUAAAAAAAUUGAAACAUAUAUACCCAGUGGAUCAGCAGGUAGUGUCGAGAAGAAGUAAAAAUUUCAAUAUUAUGAUGUUAUGAGAUUUCUGAACGAUUCAUUGCAGACACGACCGUAACUUAUUAGACCUAUUUACACUGAAAAGGAAACGAAUUUUUUGCGUCCCAGUAUAUAUUACUUCUGUAAUUUAAUUCGAAGUUAGAGUUUGUAAUAUACACAUUCAUUAAUUUUAGAACAGUGAGUUUGUUGACAGAUGCCAGUGCUAAAAAUGAAAUGGUUACUUCACUUAACAUAGAAAACACGAACGAGCAACAUGAAAAUAUUAGCACUGAGCCUUUAAUGCUUUUAGCUACCAAUAAUUCUCCACCAACAGAGAAACCAACAUCUUUUAUUUCUUUACGGACGACACCCACAAAAGAUUUUCCAUCGACGUUAACUAGCAAAGUAUCUAUAGCAGCACGAUCCAUAGGAUCAAAACAAUUGACACAAAACCCUAUCAACAAUCACGGACAGCCUGUUGCGAAAAGGAACAAAAAAGAAGAGAACAAAAAAGAAGCCUUGCAAGAAGCUUUAAUAGAAGCUCUGAAAGAGCCAGCAACACACAUAGAUCCACUAGACGGGUUUCUUAUUCGUUUAGGAGAAGGCAUGCGAAGACUGCCAUAUCGAACCAGAACUAAAUUAGAAAUACGUUUUUUAACAUCGUUAACGGAGAUGGAAGAUUCUUGUUUUAAUCGAGAUUCUGAUAAAUAACUAUUUAUUUAACUAAAGUCUAGAGUACACAAUGCUUUUUGCAUUGUCUGCUGAAUUGCUUGCUCUUACUAUUUGGGAAACUCAAGAUAAGAAAGAAACAUGCUUUGGAAUGACAAGGAUAGCUUAUGGAUCGUACAGAGGAGACCACGUGUUAUUUUUAAAGACAAAAAUAUAUUUCCAUUUAAUUCUCAUUAUCGAUUACAAAUUCCGAAUGUUGCGUACUUCUUUUAACGAGGGUAAUAAAUUUUGCAAUGAAAAGAAAAAUCAAUUUUUAAGUGCGAUAAAAUCAUACAUUUGAAAUAAAACAUCAUCAUUAAUGUAUCUGAAAAAUAAUCAAUUAAUAUUUAAGGUUAUUUAGUUCCACGUAAUUUAGUUCCAAGUCGUAUUAAACUUACGAUGAGGAAAUACGUGAAUAGUCAGAUGACGCUCACGAGAGCGAGAGAAACGACCCACGUGAUGACGCUCACGAGAGCGGGAACGCCGACCAACGUGCUUUCACGCGGUCGCGUGCGUGCAUGACGCCUCAUGUCGCGGAACGCUAUUGCAUUCCGUCGUUUUCUGUCGAAAAUAACAGUUUGCUCUCGAAAAAAACCUUUUUUGGUUGGUGAUUGUAUGACGUGGCUUGAGCGUCUCAAUCCGAAAACCACUCUCAAUAGCCCGUCUCAAAGGGCUCCCCGCAGCGACAAUCCCGCGAUCCCGUGAGCGCAAAUUGGAGAUAUGCCGAUCCUUCCUGCGCUUCGCAGAAUCGUGCAGGUUUCCGAUACAUACAAAUAUAGCACACUGCUUCCCAAGAUGACGAAUUACGUGUUCGACGCACUAAGACCUUUUGCAAGAUGACGAACCUCGUGUUCGAAGCAUUCACACCGAGCUAUGCAGAAAAAGGCAGAGAGACGCCGGCGGGAUUAAUAACAACAAAACAAUAACUCGGUCAGCAACGCCAAGCCGAUAGAUAACGGGGCAAGUCGAUUGCACCCGAAGCUGCUUAAAGAGCUCCUCCGAUCAUGCUUCGAUCAUGCUUGCCGAAAAUAAAACGAGAUCAGUCGAGCGCAUCCGACGACGCGUGCCGAGAGAGAGAAAGAAGAGUGAAUAGAAAAGGAAAACAGGCGACGUUUUGUCACUCAGGCAGAAGGGUUGAGAAUAUCUCUUUCUCCCUCUCUCUCUCUCUUUCAGCUCAGAACACUUACCUACAAAGUAUUUUGAUUGGCUUUUAUUAAUUUUUACAAAAUGCACAAAUAAGCAGCUAAAAAAGCAUUGUGUGCAUAAAAAGAGAUUAUUAAGGAGCAAUAAUUAGUAAUUAUUAAAAAUUUAAUAUUUAAAUUUAAUAAUUAUUAAUAAUUAAAUGUUUAAUUUAAUAUUAAAAACUUUUAAUAGGCUGCAUUUCAUAUUAUCAUAGAAUUAAUAGCUUUAAAUAUUUUUCUUUGUUAUAAAGAACCAAAUAAUUUCGUGCAAUGUAUUUUGUUUUCGUCAUUCUUUUAAUUCUACACGAUUGUUUUUUUGUUUUGUUUAAGGAGUUACAAGACUAUUAUGUACGAAACUAAAGUUUUGUUUUUAAUUAUUUUUUUAUUAUUUUAAUGUAUGUUUCUUUUUUGUUUUAAAAAAAGCAUCUUUGCGAGAUUAGUACAUACAUAGCCCGGUAAAAGUAAUAUUUUAAUCUAUUAAUGUAGAAAGUUUUUUUUAUGGCUAAAAGGUUGUGAUAAUAUGUCACCUAACUUAAAAUGUGACAUUUGCUUGCAAUUGCAUUACUGUAAUAUAAAAUAAUACAAAAUAAAUCAAUAAUAUACGAAUAAAACGCGUGAAUGGUAAAUAAUAUUAUGAGUAUGAUACAAAUUUAAGAAUAAUGUAUACAUUAUUAAGAUGUCUAUAACGCGAUAAAGAGUGAGAAAAAAUUGAAUAAAUAUGCAUUAAACUAACUUCUUAUGUUAUUAAUAUAAUUAAUAAAUAAAACGUACAUUCAA